AUGGGCCUGAGUCUGGACAGGAUAGCCGACCAAUACAGCGUAGCCCUCUCUGACAUAAACGCCGCGCUCGCCUACUAUUCCGACCACCGCGAAGCCAUAGAUCGGGACAUUCGUGAUAAUGACGCCUUCAACGAAGCCCUGGAAAAGGCGUCCACUCAGGAAGAAAAACGGAAGCUGGUGGCGUCAUACGAAUGGCCGGACAGAUACGGUUCUACACGGACGAAAACGUCUCAAGAGCCGUAA